GGGGGGUGUGAGGUGGGGGUGCGCAUGCGCUGUUCGCGUCUCCCCUCAGGAGGGUCCCGGGCGGGCGGAGGCCGCGGGCGGAGCCGGGGUCUGGCGUAGAUGUUGAAGCCGGGAUGGGUCCCGCCUGGUCCGGCCCUGGCGGAGGAUUUACCCCCGGAAUGGGAAACGGACGACGAACGCAUGGCUUUUCUUUUUUCGGCUUUUAAGCAGAGCCGCGAGGUGAACAGCACCGAGUGGGACAGCAAGAUGGCUUUCUGGGUCGGGUUGGUACUGAGCCGAGGCCGCCGGAGAGGGGUGAUCCGAACCUGCCUGAGGGAACUCCAACAAAGCUUCGAACGCCGCGGGAGCCUCCCCCUCGGCCUCGGUACCGUCCUCCGGGAGCUCCUGAGACGUGGGAAGCUGCAGAGGGAAUCAGAUUUCAUGGCCAGUGUAGACAGCAGCUGGAUCUCCUGGGGGGUGGGAGUUUUCAUUCUGAAACCCCUGAAGUGGACUCUCUCCAGUGUGCUGGGUGACAGCAAAAUACCCGAGGAGGAAGAAGUUUUGAUUUAUGUGGAGCUGCUUCAGGAGAAGGCAGAGGAAGUUUAUCGCCUCUAUCAGAACUCGGGGCUCUCUUCCCACCCCGUGGUUGCCCUCUCAGAGCUUCGUUCCCUCUGUGCCAAUGUUUGUCCAGAUGAAAGGACCUUCUACCUGCUGCUGCUCCAGCUGCAAAAGGAAAAGAGAGUCACAAUCCUGGAACAGAAUGGAGAGAAGAUUGUGAAGUUUGCCCGGGGUCUUCAUGCCAAAGUCUCCCCCAUGAAUGAUGUGGACAUUGGGGUCUACCAACUGAUGCAGAGUGAGCAGCUGCUGUCACAGAAGGUGGAGUCCCUUUCCCAGGAAGCAGAGAAGUGUAAAGAGGAUGCCAGGAGUGCUUGUAAAGCUGGGAAAAAACAACUGGCCCUGAGGUGCCUCAAGUCCAAGCGCAGGACGGAGCGGCGCAUCGAGGAGCUGCAUUCCAAGCUGGAUGCAGUGCAGGGGAUCCUGGAUCGUAUUUAUGCCUCCCAGACUGACCAGAUGGUAUUUAAUGCCUAUCAGGCUGGUGUGGGAGCUCUGAAGCUGUCUAUGAAGGAUGUUACUGUGGAGAAGGCAGAGAACCUGGUGGAUCAGAUACAAGAGCUUUGUGAUACCCAAGAUGAAGUAGCCCAGACUCUGGCUGGUGUGGGGAUCAAUGGUUUAGAGAUGGACACUGAGGAACUGGAGAAGGAGCUGGACAGUCUCCUCCAGGACUCAGCUAAGGAGCCUGCAGAGCUGCCUCCUGUGCCCCAGAAGGAGCUGAACCCCCCCAUUUCUGAUGCUGAGCUGGAAGCUGAAUUGGAGAAGCUCUCUGUUUCUGAUGGAGAUUUGGCACAGAAGACUCCCUCUGCUUCCUCUGAACCCAAAACAGCUCUGGGACUGAAUCUUUAAAGACCCAACAGUGUCCUGUUGCUGCAGCUGGAGAAGUUGUCUUAAAGUUCCUUAAUUAAAGACUGGAACUUCUGAGGAUUUGGGUCACAUUCCCCCAAUUCUUCCUGGAUAUCACUUUGCUCAGCAACAGGAUCUCCUGCCAUGACAAUCCACUCUGGAACUGGCCCCAACUGGUGUCUCUCAUCUCUGUGCCAACAUCUGCACUGGUCUAAAGUUGACUUGUGAUCCCAAAUCCCUCUGGAACAUCCAGUCUUCCCUUCUGGGAACACAAUUCUGCCCAGUGAAGAUAAAACUCUUCUGUGUCCAUAACAGUGCUCGGGUUUUUUUGUUUUGGUUUUAAUUUAUUUUCUUUUCCUUUUGCUGAUGUUGAGAAUCUGAGUUGCAGCAAGAUUGCAGUUGCUCAACAUUUGGCUCUUUGUGUGGUUGUUUAAAACACUUGGCACAUAACUUAGGUCAAGGAUGGUACUUCCCUGCAGCAAGCUUAAGCACCUCUUGAUAGUUCUGUCCCUCCCUGUCUGUAUUUUGCAAGGUCCUGCACAGGCAGACACUGUAAUUUCUGGAUUGUAGGAGAUGCUGUUGCUCUAGAGGGCAGCAAUUGCAAGCACAAGACAAUAAAUAAAUCAAUUCCUCUUUCUGUAACAACACGAAGGCCUUAAAAGGGAGACCUGCAAAAGAUUUGAAAUUGAAGGAGUUUCUUGCACUGCUUGCUGUGCUGAAGCCUUGCAGUCACUACCACAGAACUUUCUGCUUCCUCUACCUUGAGAUUUGAGCUGUUUGCUGGCUUUCCAGCACCCCAAAACUUCUUGGGAGCUGCUGGGUGAUCAGCUGUGAGCUCUCACCCCAGUGAUUUGGGGAGAGAGAAGGCAGAGAAGCACUUCAGCUUUCCUUUGAGAGGAUGGUUUCAUCCCACAACCUUGACUCUGCCUUCAGUCUUGAUGCUGCAAUUCCCCAAAUUACCAGAAAGCCCCCAAACAAAACCCUCUGAAGGUUCCUAAUGCAGAACCCAGCAAGCACAGCAACAGGAGGUGGCUUUUCGAGGCCACUUUCACCCCUCAGAAGUGCAACUGCCACCUUUUGCAGGUCCCUUUUUUAUUAUGCACAUGGAAGAGCAGAAAGCCUGCUGCCUCCUGCAAAGAAAUGAACUCUUGCAGGGGAGGAAUGUGCUCUUAUUCACUGGGUUUUCUGCUCCCCAGAGCCUGUGUGUGGGCAGGGGAGUGAUUUAACUCCCUGGUGAUGUAGAACCAAUCCUCCUCUCCUUGACUUGAAUGUUUUGCCACCAUUCAUUUCCUCCACUGCCUCCUGGACUGAGCUGGAUGCAGCUUGGCUGAGCAGUACAUUUUAGGGAAAAAAAACAAAAUAAAUGAGUGCAGCCCCAGCUUUUUAACCCCAGAGGAGAGGGGAGGAAAUGAGAGGUGUCACUUGGGUGCUGCCUUGGCUUCUUUUUUUUGGUCACUUUGUUCUGAGGGUGCAGACUCCUGCCAGAGGAGCUGUAACCAGCUGAGAGUUUAUCCAGGCUGCACAUGGAAAUGAUGUGAAAUGACUUGAAGCUCUGUAUUCCUUUGAUUUGUAAGUAAAUGGGAGAAAAACCA